AUGCAUUACCCCCUACUGCUCGGUGCUGUAGUCCUGCUGACUGGGGAAGCCAGAGCAGCUCCGAAGCCCCAAGAUGACCAGAUGGCUGCUCAUGUCGUGCAGCGACGAACCUUCCAGUUGGAGCCGGAUCCGGGCGCUGGUGCCAACUCCGAACGAGAUCGGCCCAUGUAUCACCAGAACGGCACCAAUGCGACGACGCCGACAGCAUCAGGCACUGGCGGAAUGACAAGCAGAACAUUUACACUGCCACACAAUACGUCAAGCACUUCCAUGCACGCUGAAUGCCCAAUGAGUGUUGUGACUUCGACCACGACGGUUGAUGUCACCUUCUACGUAACUGCCACAACGUCAUAUGGCAGUAACUUGACGUCCUACUACGGCACUGGCACGGCGCAUACUUCGGUCGUCUCUUCUCAAUCAGGUCUCAACUCUACCGUCUCUUCCACGUCGAUGCGGCUUUCUUCCGGGCUUAUAAGCUCAGCUAACUCAUCUACAACCGUCGCACCCGCGGCCUCGGAGUCUCCGUGCUCGGAGGAUGUGUUCAGCACAUUAGCAUCUCACAACACGACAAGCCGAGUGGGGAACACCCUAAUCACUUCCUCGCCCAUCAUCAAAACCACCUCCUCUACUCUGCCCUCGCGGUCUACCGAACCAUGCGAUGAUGAUCUAGGUUCAACUUCUCGGCUGAACUCGACGGCGACUGCAUCUAGCACGUUGCCGGGCUCAACGGUAGAAUCUCCAAGCGUGACGCCAUGCGACAACGAGUCUGGAACUGGAAGCAGCUUGACGAGUACACAGAGCUCAACCGGCCACGCUAACCAGACGUCCAGCUAUAGGACCAUCUCUGGCAAACCUCAGGGCAGCUCAACCGCCCUUUAUACCUCUACCUCCACGUCUCUCGAUGAAGUUUCAUCUACUGUCUCGACGGUCGAGUCAACGACAGCAAAGCCUUGCAACGACGAAUCCAGCACACCAACUUCUGUCGCUCCCUCGGACGCAUCAUCUUACACAAGCCAGAACGCCUCGGCUUCGAGCACCAUAGAGGCCAGCCCAUCAUUCUCAAGCGACCUCACAACAUCACCAGUCACCGCUGCGACGUUGACGAGCAUCGGAACAUCCGCAUCAUUGUCAAACCCAAUGACUUCUGCUGCAGUAACUUCAAUCCCGCCCGAGAGUUGCGUCAUUGACACCUCCAUGGCGCCUGUAACCAGUGCACCACUUACCUCGGUUCCGUCAUCAACUCUUGUGCCGACGAAGACGGUCUGCCAGAACGACGCGCCGACGGGAAAGCCGAUGCCAGGAAAUCACCACUGCGGCGUCCACGGCUUGCCAGUGGGUAACUACUUCCUGGCGCGCUUUGUCGAGAAUUCGCCCGGCGUGCCCGUGACGCUGGAGGGAUGCUACCAGUUCUGUGCCAGCGUUAUGAAUGCCACGGACGGCUGCAAGUCCUACCGCUUCUAUCCUGAGAAAGGCCUCAAUGUUCCACGAUGCGACCUUUACGGCAGCAACGUGGCGUACGCUCUUGAUUCCAUUGAUAAUGACCAUCCCGAUCUCUGGUUUGACCUUGCGUGUGGCUCGCCCUCGGACCCUAACUGGGUGCAUCUACCUGGAAUGACUCGUCUUCGCGACCUUGGAUUGCUGGAGUAG